UGAUAUGCGUACACGAUGAGCGGAUUGGGGGAGAACUCCAUGGAGCCUCUGAGCACAGAGAACCGGAAGCGCAAGCUCUCCACCUGUGACACGCCCGGUCUGGGGUGCGAGAGGAAGCGACGGGAGCAGGAGAGCAAAUACAUCGAGGAGCUGGCCGAGCUGAUCUCCGCCAACCUCGGCGACAUCGACAGCUUCAACGUCAAACCGGACAAAUGUGCCAUCCUCAAAGAGACGGUGCGGCAGAUCCGCCAGAUCAAAGAGCAGGGUGAGUGGACGCGGCGGGCUGGGGGGCCGAGGGCGAGACGGACGGACGGACGGACGGACGGGCUGCUGAGGAGAGGGUGUAGGAAACACGAGGAAGAGGAGACAGCUGGACACACACACACACACACACACACACACACACACACACACACACACACACACACAGACAGAUGUGCCUCCUCAGAGCCCAGGUGCAAGGACGAGUCAGUCAUUCAUCUCCCACAAAUUUCACAGCUUCGACUGUUUAUGUUUGGGAGGAAACAUUGGCAAAGCUUCGUGAACCGCGUGUGUGCGUGUGUGCGAGUGGCCAGCUCGGCAUCGAUCCUCGCUGUAAUCACAGAGUUGGUUUUGAACGCGGAGGCAUUGAUUGAUGACCUCUGUUAUCAGAUGAGUGUUCCAGGGGGCUCAUUUGUCAUUUCUUCUUCCAAUGCAGCCUUCCUGCAGGGUCACGCAGAGACACCCUUGUACCGCUUCUCCCUGUCCGACGGCACUCCGGUCACGGCGCAGACCAAGAGCAAACUGUACCGCCACCCCAUGAGCAACGAGCCGCAGGGCUUCAUCUCCACUCAUCUACUCCAGAGGGAACCAAACGGCUAUCGCUCAGCUCAGGGUGGGAGCAUGAUGCCUAACACAAUGAGACAACAGGGCAUGGGGGGCCCCAACCCGAAUGCCCAAAUGAACAUGAACACCGGUGGUGGAAUGGGCAACGUGGGCAGGGGCUUUGGCAUGAGCGAGCAGGGCCACUUGGGUCACAUGGGUCCGAUGGGAGGCGGCUCCAUGUACGGUGGGAGCGGGGGAGGGGGAACUGGUGGCGGAGGCAUGGGCAGCCGCAUGAUGCAGAUGAAUCAGAUGGGGCACAUGAAUCAGAUGGGUGCCAUGAAUCACCCGGGCCAAGGCAUGCAGCAGCACCCGCAGCAGCACCCGCAGCAGCACCCGCUGCAGCACCCGCUGCAGCACCUGCAACAGCACCCACAGCAGCACCCACCGCAGCACCCACCGCAGCACCCGCAACAACACCCGCAACAACACCCGCUGCAGCACCCGUUUCAGAGCAGCGGAGGGUUUGGAUUGAGUGGCAUGAACAGCCCUUCUGGAAGCCCCAGAAUGGGCGGCCCCCAGCAGGGGCUCCUGAUGUCACCCCGCAACCGAGGGAGCCCAAAGAUGGCCGCCAACCAGUUCUCACCUGGAGGCAUGCACUCUCCCAUGAGUGGCAUUGUCAGUGGUGGAGGAAGUGGAGGGGGCACCACCUUCUCCAGCAGCUCCCUAAACGCCCUGCAGGCGAUCAGUGAAGGAGUAGGAAGCUCCCUCCCCUCGACGCUGACGUCGCCCUCUCCGGCCCACAAACCAGAUAGCUCUCCCAGCGUCCACUCCUCCUCCGCGCUGUCCAGUCAGCCGGCCAAACCAGGCCAAGAUGGCUCCAAAAGCCCAGCCGGAGGCUUAGGGCCUGGGCCCGGUGACCACCACCACCACCCGCCCAUGCACCAUCACCACCAUCAUCAGCAUCCGCAGGCUGAGAGUUCCGGAGACCGUCCGGACAGCCAGGCCACUACGGCAACAAAAGAGUCUGGGGAGGGAGGCAACGAGGCCGGGGUGGCGAGCUCUGAACCCUCUCGGAGGUUGCCGGACAGUAAGGGACAUAAGAAGUUGCUGCAGUUGUUGACUUCCCCGACCGAGGAGCUGGGAAUGGGCGGCAGCGGGUCGUCAGGGCCCCCCGUGCCGCCCUCAACGACCAGCAUCAGCACUCCUGCAGGCUCGGACACUAAGGACCCCAGCGGAGGCAUGACAAGCCCCUCGUCUGCUGGCGUGUCCUCGUCUUCCUCAGCCAGCGCCAACCAGGGCCAGGCCGCUGGUCCGGGGGGCGUGUUGACGGCAAUGUCGUCUGCCCACUACACGGGCUCGCUGCAGGAAAAGCACAAGAUCCUCCACAAGCUUCUGCAAAAUGGAAACACGCCAGAUGAAGUGGCUAAGAUCACGGCCGAGGCCACGGGGAAGGUGACGCUCGGGGGCCAGGAGGGGGGAGAGGCCGGGUCGGGGGGAUCGGGCGGUGGGCCGGGGUUGGUCGCCGAGCCCAAGCAGGAGCAGCAGAGUCCCAAAAAGGAGAAGACCCACGCUCUCCUUCACUACCUUCUCAACAAAGACGAUUCCAAAGAGCCAGUGGAUGUCAAGCCCAAACUCGAGGAGCUGGAGGGGAAGGCGGUCACCGGCUCUGUUCGGGGGGGCCCCGGAUCCGCGCCCGAACAUCCCGAGAGCAAGAUCAAGUCAGAGCCCCCCGAUGACCUGCACAACCUGGAGUCCAUCCUCGGAGAUUUGAGAGGUUCAACCUCUGACUUUUACCCGGAUCAGGCUGGAGGUGGAGGCGCUAAUGACACGGGAGGCAAAGCCCAGGGUUGCCUUGACGACAGCCUGCGGGGGAGUCCAGGAAUGGGUCCGGGGCCUCGGGGGCCCUUCCAGAGGGCCUUGUCCAUGGACGGGAAGCCUCCCGUUGGGCCUGCAGGACCAGGUAGGCGCCCGAUGCUUAUCAAGCAGGAGAACAUGAUGGGCAGCCCAGACGGAUACCCGGGAAACAUGGGACCAAUGAACAGGGGAAUGGUUCCACAGAGGUCUCCCAUGGGGGGGUCAGGAGACUGGGGCAUGAGCCGCUCCAGUGGCAGCCCAGUGGGACACCCCUCCAUGAUGCGCCAAGGCAUGGAGUACGGCAACAGCAAGGGCAUGAUGUCGGGACCCAUGGUCGGCCGCUCCAACAGCGUACCAGGCUCCAGGUCCAUGCUGCAGCAGCAGCUCAUGGAUAUGGGAGGCUCUGCCGACAUGGGCAUGGGUAUGAGCCCCUUCAGCCAGCAGGGCCAGCCCAACCAGUCCCCCUCCUGGCCGGACACUAUGAUGGGCAUGGAGGGUAACAGACGCCAGUUUGGCAACACCUUGGAUGAUCUCUUGGUGCCUCCCACCACCAGCGAGGGUCAGAGCGACGAGCGGGCGCUUCUGGACCAGCUGGACUCGCUACUGAAUAACACGGACGGCAUCGCUCUGGAGGAGAUAGACCGAGCCCUGGGCAUCCCAGACCUCGUCAGCCAGAACCAGGGAAGCGAGCAGCAAAUGGAGCCGUUUCCCGGACAGGACCAGUCCAUGGUGCUGGACCAGAAGCCCCUGUACGGACAGGGCUAUCCAGGACCCCCCUCCAUGCCAUUGCAGUCCGGCUAUGGGGGGAACCCCAUGCAGGGGCAGGCCCAGCCGGGGGGGUUUGGGCCAAUGCUGUCUCAGAUGGGGCAAGGUGGCAGCUUCCCAGGAAUGGGUGGCAUGGGCAGCAUGGGUCACCCUCGUGCCAACAUGAUGAGACCCAGGAUGAUGACCGCCAACAAACCCAUGAGGCUUCAGCUGCAACAGAGGCUGCAGGGACAGCAGUUCAUGAAUCAGACGCGCCAGGGCAUGGGCAUGAAGAUGGAGAAUCCAGGAGGCAACCCUGGCAUGCGGCCCGGCAUGCAGCCUGGCAUGGGAGGACAGCCGGGCUUCCUCAACGCUCAGAUGAUGGCUCAGCGCAGCAGGGAGAUGGUCACCAUGCAGAUGAGGAGGCAGCGCAUGAUGAUGCUGAUGCAGCAGCAGCAGCAGGCGGCGGCGGCUGCCGCUGGAGGAUUCAGUCCGCCUCCAAAUGUCACAGCUCCCGGUGGCAUGGAGAACCCCAUGGGGGGUCCAAACAUGGGCCAGCCGGGCCCCCAGCAGUUUGGCUACGGUGGGAACUAUGGCUUGGCACAGCAGGGAGACCCCUCGUUCGGCCCAUCAGGCGGCAGUCCUCCAGGCGCCAUGAUUCCUGGCCGACUGGGGCCCCAAAACCCCAUGAUGCAACAGCACCCGCAGGGCGGUCCCAUGUACCAAGGGGCAGAUAUGAAGGGCUGGUCGCAGGGAGGCAUGGCACGCAACAGUUCGUACCCUCAGCAGCAGUUUGGGCCGCAGGGGAAUCCGGGCCAGUAUGGGGGCAUGAUGAUAAACGGGGGCAUGCCGGCGAGCGGAGGAGGAGGUCACAUGGGCCAGAUGGGAGGGCAGAUGGGUAUGAACCCAAUGGUGAUGGGACGCAUGCAGAUGGGGCCCGAUCAGAAAUACUGCUGAACAUCAAGACAGAAGCAUUCGUCUCACUGAUCUCCAUCACGGCAGUGUGCGUGUGUGUGUGUGUGUGUGCGUGUGUGUCUGUGUGUGUCUGCGCGCUGAGCGUUAGGCGUUCUGUCGUUUGAGUGUAGUGACGCACUCCCACCAGACGGGGGAGUCGCCUUCCUUUGGUCUCACUGCCAGUGAUGGAGGUCUGGCGACCUGAGGGACAACAGACGGACUGUCGCACGCAAACAUGAAAUGAGAAACACUGUGACACAUUUACACACACGGGAAUCCCUCAGACAGGGAGGUGGACUGCAGUUUAACAUAACUCUUCAUGAGGUGUGUGUGUGUGUGUGUGUGUGUGAGACGCCUCAGUCACACACCGCUCUCCGGACCAAACGGUGAAGGUGGACGCACACUCGACUAGGAACAUGGACGCGUGUGAAGACCUCCUCUCCUCCGUUGAAUGUAGCGUGAAGCUGUGUCCCCAUUCAGAACGUGUGAUUCCUCUUCUGUUCCUGAACUGGGUGGGACGUCGUCUUCUUCUUCUUCUUCUUUGAGGAUCUCUGCGUAUGUAAAGUAAACGCGGCUCCGCGUGCCGAGCCGUCCGAUUGUGACACUGGGAUGAAUGUCGUCGAGCAGUAGCACGUCGUUUCCUCCUCCAGUACGAUGGAAUCCCUCGUUGGCUGAUUGCACUUUAAGGAAAGACCCAACAUCGAAAGGAUUGUGGCAAUAUCGAGGCCUUUACCCAAGAAUUGAUCCAUAGCAGCAGUUUAUUUUCUUUAAUUUGUGUGCGCGUGUGUCUCCUUUCUCCAGCGUUUCCUCUCCGGGUAGUGGGAGCUGUUAAUUGGAAAUGGGUGAUGAUCUUUGUUCUAUAGUGGGAACCAGUAGAAAGGCGAACAAGCACAGAUUCCUUUCCAAGGCUCUCGUCUCCAUCGGUACUGAUUCAUAACGAGUAGAGAAACAAAACGUUUUUAAGGUGAUUUUAAAAACACUUCUAUUAAUUUUCAAAACUCCACUUAUAUUUAUACAGAUUCAUCAACGUGAUCAUUUUAUCAUUCCAGAGGUAAUUUUUAAGUCCCAAUGUUGUAGAUAUUUUAGUCACCUCUCGCCAAUUCACAGUGUUACUACAAGUGCAGAAAUAUAAUUGAUUGCCAAUUCUGAAAUUGUGUCUCUAUAUUUGCUCCCACUGUAAGAGAAAGUGGAUGUUAGUUUUCUGGCAAUAAUCAUUCCUCCUGAGGACGAAGCUGAAGUAUCAUUUACUCAAAGCGACGGCACUGCAGUAUUAGACAUUGUGUCAUGGUUUUUUUUGUGAAUAUGAAUUGUAAAUACGCUUCAAAUGUACUAUAUAUAAAUAUAUAUAUGCUUUUGUAGGUCACAUACUGUUUUUGCACAGAUUGUAUGGCUUGAUAUUUAAAAGUGUAAUUUUCUUAAUCCGUCAUAGGUCAGCUUUUAUUUUCAAUACUUUAACCAUCGGUUGGAACUGAAGGGCCUCCUUUUUGUAAGCGGUACUUGUAGAUUUUAUUUCAUAAUGUAGCUUUCUUCUCUCAGAAAGCAUCCUUUUAUUUUCUCGAGAGCAUAGUCGGAGCUAAAGAGGUGCUAGUGUGUAAGUAUUUCUUUUUCUAGAUAAAUUAUUUUUCUUUUGGUAAAAACCGAGAAACCACACGAUAUGCCUGGACAAAAAGAGUUGACACAUGAUUGCGUUUGGCUUCUUGGGGCCCAGAUGUCUUACCAGAUGUGGGGCGGAUGUUUUCUGAUGCUUCCACGUGUGACUUUUUUUGUUUCACUCCUGAGAUUUCUGUGCUUUUGACAUUUUGAAGAUGUGAUUGUUCGGCCUGGAGAGACUUUGGAAAUCGACCCCACUGUAUAACUGUCCAUAAGUCCUUUUUAUGAUGGAAACAUUAAGUAGUUUGAAUCCCUGAUUACCUGUCAACCUCACGACCGGUGACUUUUCUUCUUUGUUUUAAUGUAUUUUUACAUUCAAGUUUGCCUUUAUUUUCGUUGUAUUUCCUGUGAAGCUUUUGUUGAGAAAUCUACCUUUUUGAUCACAUGCUCAAUCCAAAGAUUUUUGUUUGUCAUCCUGCAGUGCUUAGAAAACAUGUUCUGAUGUAGAUUGUGCAAGUGCUUAUGUGUGCUUUUACUGUCGCACAUAACCGAUAAUAUACAUUGAACUAUAUAUGUUUAAUUGCAUAUAUUAUGUCCCUGUCCGUCUGGCAUAGAGUAGAGACGAGUCUGGUUCAAGUUUUUGUUUGUGAUUGUUUCUUCCUCUCUGUAGAACUUAUGGCCAGUUGAAUUGUGGUGCUGCCAGGAGUCAUUUCACAACAGAAUGUGGAGAUUUUCUAAGCUACAGAGGUUUCAUGAUUGAAGUCAUUAUGUCUCAGAAGAAUAGCCUGGAGUUGUUGUUUUCUUUGUUUUUUAACCCCAGCCUCAAUGAAGAAUAUGAAAUCUCAAAUAUAAACAAAAAAAACAUGUAUGUUUUGCUUUGAAGGAAAGAAACUCCAUUAGUGCAUCUUAGAGAUAAAGAAAAGAGAAAGCUGGGAAACAGUCAUCAUUACAGGAUGUAAAUUACUAUUGCUAUUUUUUUCCUACCUUGUUUCUUGAUGUUAAUAUCGAUGUAAAUACAAAUUUAUAUUUAAACAUUA